AUGGAGAACCCGGGGACGCCCACCCGAAAACCUUCCUCCGGGAAGGAAGAAGAUGCCAUGUGGUCGCUGAUGAAGCUCGCCACUCCCGUCAAGUCUCCUGGCCUCCGGGCGGCUUGCGGGGACAACUCCGCCGGAGGAGCGGCGGGCAACAGCGCCGGCGGCACGGAGAUGACACCGGUGUCGCUGUUCAACAUGUCCCGACAGCCCGGUGAGAUGGGCGGGCAGCUCCAGUCGCCCUUCCAGUCGCCGUUCAAGAACUUCCAGUUCUCCCCGAGCUGCCUCUUUAGCCCCCCCGGGGCGGGGACCCUGGACUUCCCGCUCGCCGGCGGCGACACGCCGGGGCCGGCGAGCUCGAGCCGCAGCGAUAUCUGGCAGCACAUGACUCCCGAUCGCCGCGCGAACCAGAGGGGAGGAGGGAAGGCGGUGCGGGUGGGGGGCGCGGGGGACAUACAGGCGGGCGGAGGCGUCGGCGAAGACGGAGGGGUUGUUGUGGGAGUGGCCGCCUCCGGCGGCGGGGGCGGUAGCGGCGGCGAUGUCGGUAGCACCGCGCCCGGGAGCUGCGGCAAGAGGAAAGGAGCGGCGGCGCCGGUAGCACAGGAAAGGGCAAGAGUGCCGGCAGCAGCAGCCGCAACGAGAACAAGAACUCUGGUGCCGGCGAAGCGUCUAGCCGCGGCGCCGCUUGCCAGAUCGGCGGCCGCGAACAGACCAGCGGCGGGCGGCGGCGGCGGCGGCGGCGGCGGCGGCGGCGGCGGCGGCGGCGGCACCCCGUCGACCGCUCAAAGGCCGUCCGCACGAGGGGCUAGAGUGGACAGGUAUCGGAAAGGGUCAGCGGGGGCAGCGGCGGCGGUGGUCGCCCCGAGCAGCGGCGGCGGCACGGCGUCUUCGAUCAUCACGCCAAGCCCGAUGACGACGGCGGCGCCGCCCUCUUCUCGGCCCGGCCGUCCGUCCGCGAGCAAGGCUACCCCGCCGCCGGCGCGAGCCGGCGGCGGCGGCGGCGGCCCCGCGGCGAUCAAGAUCAAGGUGAAGGCCACCCCGCCGCGGUCCGCGCGCGCCUUCAAGUCGGAGCUGCAGUCCUCCUCGUUCAACAGCCCGGAGCCGACGACGACGGCGUCUGCCGCCUCCGCGCCGGCGGCGGCCCGAAGGGGACGGGGGGCGGUCUCCCUGUCGAAGCUGAAGCAGGGCAGCAGGGUGGUGGUGCCCCCGACGCCGCCGUUGGCGACGAAGCCGGCGUCGACGUCGAGGGGCGUAAAGGCGGAGACGCCGGCGGCGGUGGGGAUGGCGGGGUGCGGGGGAGGAAGAGACCCGCUGUCGGUGACGUGCAACUGCAAGAAGUCCAAGUGCCUGAAGCUGUACUGCGAGUGCUUUCAGCGGCAGCAGUACUGCAACGGGUGUAACUGCGUGGAGUGCCUCAACACGGAGCGGACGGAGGACCUCCGGCAGCUGGCGAUCCAGGGCACGAUCGAGCGGAACCCACAGGCGUUCGUGAGCAAGUUCGAGAGGCGCGCUGGCAAGCGCUCGCACAACGCGGGCUGCAACUGCAAGAAGUCUGCCUGCCUCAAGAAGUACUGCGAGUGCUUCCAGGCCGGCGUGGCGUGCGGCACCAACUGCAAGUGCGUCAACUGCAAGAACUACGAGGGCGCCGCGGGGGGCAGGAAGCGCCGGGCGGUGGAGUCACCGGCGGCGGUGGCGGCGGCGGUGGCGGCGGCGGCGGCGUCUGCGACGCCUCGAACGCCACCGCGCAUGUCGCCGAGGGUACGGGGUGCGGUGGUGGCGGCGGCGGCGGCGGACGCCGACAGCGACGACGGCGGCGGCUCCUCGUCCUCGUCCUCCUCGUCGUCGAAGGCGCCGUCCUCGAGCAGCCCGGACCACCACGUCCAGGUGGGCGGGGACGACGACGAAGACGACAAGGACUCGACGCCCGCCCCGCCCCUGGCGGAGGCCCUCAGGGGCGGCCCCCUGUUCUCCUCGAGGGCUCUCGGCAACGGCGCCGGCGGCGGUGGUGGCCUUUCCGGCACCCCUCCCGCGGACGCCGUGGCCGCCGCCGCCGCCGCGUUUGCGGCUCAGAACCAGGCUCGAGUCGCUGCCGCGACGGCGGCGGCGUCGGCGGCGGCGGCGGCGUCGGCUUCGUCGUCACCGUCGGCGUCCGCGGUGGCCGACUGCGCCGUGGCGCGGAGCCUGCUGGACAUGGGCGGCACCCCGCCUCUUUAA